AAAGAAGAAGAUGGAUCCCAGUAGUUUCUAGAACAAAUGUUUCCGGUCGGCGGUAUUUUGAGUGAAGACAGGUUAAUUCGCGUGCUAAAAACUAUUUAGUUUUGUACUUUUCCGGCUUUAUCCUGGAUAAUUCAAUGGCAGACCCAGGUCCCAAUAAGGACAACAUCAGAGCUGGGUGCAAGAAAUGUGGAUAUCCGGGCCACUUGACCUUUGAGUGCCGAAACUUUGUCAGAGUUGACCCCCAGAAAGACAUUGUUCUGGAUGUAAGCAGCACCAGCAGUGAGGAGAGUGAAGAGGAUGUUCCUGCAGUUCAGCGCAUUGACAAGCUGGGGCGAAGUGGCCAGCAUCGCAGAGGUUCCCAUGAUGACGACGAUGACAGAAAAAAGAGACACAAACAGAAGAAGAGCAGAGACAGAAUGUCAAGAAAGAGGUCUGCAUCGUCAUCGAGUGAUGAGAAGACCGGGAAGAAGAAAAAGAAACGCAGCAGGUCCUGCUCCUCGUCUGACGAAGAGAAGAGGAGGAAGAAAAAGAAACUGAAAAGCCACAAGAAGAAAAGCAAAAAGAACAAAAGGGAACAGGGGAAGAAUCACAAGAAGAAAGAAAAAAAGAGGAAACACAAAUCCUCAUCUUCUUCUUCCAGCUCCAGUGAAUCUUCAGACAGUGACUGAGACAACUGAACAUAUUAUUAUUUGCAGACAUUGUAUAAAUAAGAAACCUCAUCUUGUCCACCAACAAGUGUCCAUUACUGAGACAUGGGUUUGAAUGUUAAUUUGUUCAUUGCAGAUAACAAAUCUGUUUGCGGUUCUCUAAAGCAUUUUGGAAAACAUGUGCAAAGCCAGGGGAGAUGUUCAGAUAUACCAUUCCAUUCUCCUUCCACUGUCAUUUUACAUUUGACACUGUUUUUUUGUACAGAGGGAUCUUAAGUGACACAUGGUACAUUCUCUUGACAUACAUAUUUCUGAACAUCACUGUAUGGAAGUCCAAUCAAGAAAUAUUUUAUAAAUUCAGGGGGAAGAGC